AACUACACGCCCACCCCUCACCCCUUGAUCGAUCACACAUCAAACCCCUCCACACGCUCGCCCGCGCGCGCCACGGACGCAGCAAUGGCCGCCCUCACCGCCUCCAUCGCCACCUCCAGCGCCUUCGCCGCGAAGCCGCGCCUGGCCCGCCCGCCGGCGCGCCUCUCCGUCUCCUGCUCCGCGUCCAGCGGCGACAACAACACCCCCUCGCUCUCCGCCUCCAUCAAGACCUUCUCGGCCGCGCUGGCGCUCUCGUCCGUGCUCCUCUCCUCCGCCGCCACCUCCCCGCCGCCGGCGGCCGCCGACAUCGCCGGCCUGACCCCGUGCAAGGAGUCCAAGGCGUUCGCCAAGCGGGAGAAGCAGUCGGUGAAGAAGCUCAACUCGUCGCUCAAGAAGUACGCCCCCGACUCGGCCCCCGCGCUCGCCAUCCAGGCCACCAUCGAGAAGACCAAGCGCCGGUUCGAGAACUACGGCAAGUUCGGCCUGCUCUGCGGCUCCGACGGCCUGCCCCACCUCAUCGUCAGCGGCGACCAGCGGCACUGGGGCGAGUUCAUCACCCCCGGCGUGCUCUUCCUCUACAUCGCCGGCUGGAUCGGGUGGGUCGGCCGCAGCUACCUCAUCGCCGUCAGCGGCGAGAAGAAGCCCGCCAUGCGGGAGAUCAUCAUCGACGUCGAGCUCGCCGCCAGGAUCAUCCCCAGGGGCUUCAUCUGGCCCGUCGCCGCCUACCGCGAGCUCAUCAACGGCGACCUCGUCGUCGACGACGCCGACAUCGGCUACUAAGUAGCUGCCAUGCGUGCGUGGUUGGCUAGUCAGUCCCAACUCAGAUGGGCAGCGGAGGAUUGAGGGCUUGUGGUGUCGAUCUGCGUGGGCUUGGUGUAGGAGCUGAUAGGAUCAUGGAGAAAUGGAAGCUCGAUCUCUUGUAUUUAAGAAACUGAACCCAAUCUUGUAUAACUAUUGUCUUCUCUCUUCA